AUGCUAUUAAACAUGUUAAUGUCUUCUAAUUAUUCCAUCCAUUCUUUUUUGUUGUUGUUGUUUUCUUCUUCCGCCAUAAUUGCCAAUCAACUUUUCUUUCGACUUCAUUGCGAGAUUCUCAUCUGCACGGCUUCACAUGAUUUCCGGUCCACAUCCUUUUUUAUUCUUCCAUUUUGUCUCUUCUUCUCUCUUUCUUUUUCUCUCUCUCUUUCUUUCUUUCUCUUUUUCUGCUUAACUCGACAUUCAUUAACGUGUACAUUGAAUUUCACCUCCAUUAGUUUUCUUUUUUUGUUUCUUUUCUUCUAUCUUUCUUCUUUCGUUCUACUUCCUUUCUUUCUUUUUCUUUCUUUCUUUCUUUCUUUCUUUCUUGCUUUCUUUCUUUCUUUCUAUCUAUCUAUCUAUCACUUUCUUCUUUAUUUUUCUUCCCUUCUUCUAUCCUUCUGUUUCUUUCUUUCUUUCUUUCUUUCUUUCUUUCUUUCAUUCUUUCUUUAUUUAUUUAUUUUUAUCUAUAUUUCUAUUUUUUGUUUAUUGUUUCUUUUUUCAAACUUUCUUGUUUCUUUCUGUUUUCUUUCUUUCUUCUUUCUAUCUAUCUAUCUAUCUAUCUAUCUAUCUAUGACUUCUUUCUCUAUUUUCCUUCUAUCCUUCUAUAUUUCUUCUUCUUUCGUUCUUCUUUCUUUCUUUCUUUCUUUCUUUCUAUCUAUCUUAAUUUCUUGCUCUCUACUUUCUUUCUUUCUUUCUUUCUUCUUUUUCUAUCAUUCUUACGUCUUUCUUUUUUCUUCUUCCUUCUUUAUUUUUAUCCAUAUUUCUCUCUAUUUUUCUUUCUUUUUCUUUUCUUUCUUUCUUUUUCUUUUCUUUCUUUCUUUCUUUCUUUCUUUCUUUCUUUCUUUCUUUCAAUUACUUUCUUUCCAGUUCCUCGGAAUCUUCUUUUCUAUUUAUCUCCAUCUUCCCCUUUUCCUUCGUUCCCAUCAUUUCUACUGUUACCUUUAUUUUACGUAUAUUUUCCGGCUUCUCUCUUUUCAUUGA